AUUAAAAACAAAAAAAGAUUGUCCUCAAGAAAGGUAGUGAUGCAUUGGCACAGGCUGCCCAGGGAGGCGGGGGUUCACUGACCCUGGAGAUGUUCGAGAAACGUGGAGGUGUGGCACUGAGGGACCUGGUCAUGUGCAGACAGGCUGAUGGUUGGACUAGGUGAUCUCACAGGUCUUUUCCAGCCGCAAUGAUUCUGUGAUUGUGCGCGCCCCACCUGCACACAGCCACGGCCGGGCCGGCUUCUACGGUUACUGCUACUCAAGCCCUAUAGAUCCACUGAUCGAUCAAUUAAUUAAUUAAUUAACGCUCCCAACGUCCCCGAGGGCAGUAACACAACCCGCCGCUGGGACGUGCAGACUCGAGUUCUUCGCCCGAGCCCCCGGGGGCGGGCGGAGCUCUUCCGUGCCAGGACCUGGCCCCGCUCCGCAUGCGCAGGCGGCGGCGGGGGGGCCGGGCCGAGCUGAGCUGAGCUGAGCUGAGCUGCCGGGCGGCGGGUCGCUGGCAGCGAGCAUGGCUGUGGCGGGCAGGGUGCUGGUGUACGGCGGUAGAGGGGCCCUGGGGUCCCAGUGCGUACAGUACUUCAAGUCCAGGAACUGGUGGGUCGCCAGCAUCGACCUGGCCGAGAACGAGGAGGCCAGCGCCAGCGUGGUGGUGAGAGCCGCCGAGUCCUUCACCGAGCAGGCCGAGCAGGUGACAGCAGAGAUUGGAAAGCUGCUUGGUGAAGAAAAGGUGGAUGCGAUCUUAUGUGUAGCAGGAGGAUGGGCUGGAGGCAGUGCCAAAGCUAAAUCUUUGUACAAAAACUGUGAUCUGAUGUGGAAACAAAGUGUUUGGACAUCCACUAUUUCCAGUCACCUAGCCACAAAACAUCUGAAAGAAGGAGGUCUCUUGACUUUGACAGGAGCUCAAGCUGCUUUAUCUGGAACUCCAGGGAUGGUUGGCUAUGGCAUGGCUAAAGGAGCAGUGCACCAGCUGUGUCAGAGUUUGGCUGGUGCCAAUAGCGGCUUGCCAUCUGGUUCUGCUGCUGUUGCUAUUUUACCAGUUACCUUGGAUACACCAGCGAACAGGAAAUCAAUGCCUGAUGCAGAUUUCAGCUCUUGGACAUCCUUAGAAUUCAUUGCUGAAACCUUUUAUGACUGGAUAACAGGAAAGAAUCGACCAAACUCAGGGAGUCUAAUCCAGGUGAUAACUGCAGGAGGGAAGACUGAACUUGUUCCAGCACAUCUUUGAUGUCGGAUGCUUAAGAGAGUGGAACUUCAGUAAAGGAGAAACUAUGGGAAGUCUGCCAGCAUAAUUUGAGUGGUCGUCUGUAUCCAGUGAUUGUAACGAUGCCAUUAUUGGAAUCAAAUUUCAAGUAGUAUUUCUGCACUGUUUGUUGUGAGCUAUCUGCACUUAUUUACCAGAAUAUAUCAUGCAUUUGUCUCUAAUCUGAAGGUGCAGGCUUUGAGGUCUGCAGAUGUCCUAAAUCCUGACAAUUAUGUGGUCAUUUCUCUGAAAUGGGAAUUGCAUUAAUGUUGUGUAAUCUCAUAUGUAAUGGUUAGAUACCUCUCUUAGCAUUUCUAGCAACUUACCGUGAAUCUUUCAGUUGUCUUUUCUUUCUCUGUCUGGGAAUAUAGCUCUACCCCUGCUAUUAUGUUGUCUGUAAUUACAGGAAACACUGUGAUCAUAUGUCCUAGUCUUCUAACACUUUCCUUCUGUAUGUUUUGCUGGAGUUAGUGGAGCUGUAUAGGGAUUACUAAUUUGAGAAGGAGUUCCUAAUUUGCCUUACAGUUUAUAAACUGCUGUCAGGCCUACAGUUCUAGGAUAAAACAGCAGUUAUGCCAAAUGCCUUUGUGUUAGUACAUAAAUAUUAGGAAAAAGUGUACACUUCUAUUUGAACAUGAUAUUUUGUGCUAAAUAAAUGUAUAUUGUUUUACAUAU